AUGGCCCCUUUCGACCUCACUUCAUAUAAAGCCCUCUCUUUUGACAUCUAUGCGACGCUCAUUGAUUGGGAAUCGGGCAUUUUCUCUCAGCUCCUUCCACUGCUUACCAGACUCCCCAAUGACCAUUCGUUGUGGAAGAAAAGUCUAGCCGACCUUCGAGGCUUUCUCCUCACGCGAUAUUCUAUUCACGAGCAUGCUCUGGAAGUUCAGCAUCCAGAAGAGAAGUAUUCCGUGCUGCUGAGCAAGGUCUAUGAGCAUAUCGCUGCGGAUCUUGGCGUGGCCAUAACGCAUGAAGAAGCCGAGGCGUUUGGAGAAGCCAUAGGGCAAUGGCCAGCUUUUGCAGAUACAGUGGCAGCCAUGCAAUGCUUGAAAAAGUACUACAAGCUCAUUGCAUUGAGCAAUGUUGACAAGAUGUCGUUCCAAAACACUCUCAAAAAUGGUUUGCAAGGAGUUGAGUUUGACGCCAUCUAUGUCGCCGAAGACAUUGGGACCUACAAGCCAAAUCCGAACAACUUCAACUACCUCGUCCAACAUGCCCGUCAGGAUUUUGGCAUCGAAAAAGCUGAAAUAUGUCACACCGCGCAGAGCCUGACAUUUGACCACAUUCCCGUGGCCUCACUGGGUUUCCCUCCCGCCGUUUGGAUCUCUCGCGGGGGUGGCAGCAUGGGCAUGGGAGACAUAGAGGCAGUAAAGGACAAAGUAAAUAUCGGGGCCAUAUAUGAGACGCUGGGAGACAUGGCGGCAGAUGUAGAACUGGCUUUUCGCAAGAAUAAAGAAUAG